AUGGCCAGCUGGGUCAAUUUGAUGGAGACCCUGGAUAAGUACUCAGUGGAACUACAAGAAGUGACAAAGUACCUAUGGAAGUUAAUAUGUGAGAACCUGGGGCUCAAUUCAGAGAAGCUAGCAAGCAUGUUUGAGGAUGGAACUCAAGGGUUACAAAUCAAGAACAAUGGCAGAUGGGUACCUAUAAAGCCAGUACCCGUCGUCAACAUCGGCGACAUCAUUGAGAUAUUGAGUAAUGGAGAACAUAAGGGCAUUGAGCACAGGGCUGUGGUGAACACAGAAAGGGAACGGCUUUCAAUUGCAGGAUUUCUGUCACGCCCCGGACCCGGGUCACGUUGCUAUAUUGAUGUACUAAUUAUUGGUCACGUUGCUACCAGGGAGACCCUGGAUAAGUACUCAGUGGUACUGCAACAAGUGACAAAGUACCUAUGGAAGUUAAUAUGUGAGAACCUGGGGCUCAAUUCAGAGAAGCUAGCAAGCUUGUUUGAGGAUGGAACUCAAGGUCUAAGAAUGAAUUAUUAUCCACCUUGUCCGCAGGCUAGCAGGGUUAUGGGUCUCACUCCACACUCCGAUGCUGUGGGUUUGACUCUACUAAUUCAAGUUAAUGAUGUUCAAGGGUUACAAAUCAAGAACAAUGGCAGAUGGGUACCUAUAAAGCCAGUACCCGGUGCAUUAAUCGUCAACAUUGGCGACAUCAUUGAGAUAUUGAGUAAUGGAGAAUAUAAGAGCAUUGAGCACAGGGCUGUGGUGAACACAGAAAGGGAACGGCUUUCAAUUGCAGGAUUUCACAGCCCAAAUAUGAUGACAAUGAUUGGUCCGAUGCCCGAUCUUGUCAAGAAGGCAGCAAACUACAAGGCUAUAAGCAAUGAGGAGUACAUUAGACUUGUUGUAACCAGCAAACUUAACGGUAAAAACCUACUCGACCAUAUGAAAUUGAAGCAGUGA